ACUCCAUUUCACUCAUCUGUGUGUCACUCCUCUUCCCUGCUGAACAGACACAGAGAGAAGAGCACAUACAAGCCACAGAGGGUUGGAUAAAAAGGAACCUGUUAAGACUGAUUUGGAUUGAAGACAUGACCAAAGAGACUGAGACCCUGGGACUGGUCUUUCAGAGCGAGAACUUCAACUAUAACCAUUACACAAACUACAUGAUGGAAUCCUGGUCCUACAUGGACAACCCUGUUCCAGAACUGAACCACUCCAAACCCAGACUCCACCCAGGAGACAAUCUGACAGCUUUAGCAAUGCUCCACGACCAGUGCAGGAGCCAUAAAGAACAAAAGUCUGUUGCCUGCAAUCGCACUACCAAUACCUGCAAGCCAACAGAAAGGACCCUAACCAACACCAAUGACAUUGUUUCCCUUGAGUCUUCUGCCAAUGUCAUGAAGAUUCUCUCUGAAAGUGUUCCGUCAUCAAAUCCCCAGGAGAUUUUGGGAUCCAAACAGAUCACCGCCAUUUCAGCUCCUACAGCCUCAGACUCAUACACCACCCUGACCAGUGUUGUGGCAGACACAUAUGACAAGCAGGAGCUGAAUAUAAUCUUUGACUCCCUGCUGCAGAAGUGGCCAGAGAACAAUGUUUUCCAAGAUUCCGGCACCGAGAAUCUUCCCUACAGCGAUUUUCCUGAAAGCCAUCCCAGCCCAGUCUAUUCAGGCUCCUACGCCAGCUCCCCACCAGAAAGAUUCAGAAAUGAACUCCAGUUCUCCCUUGGAGCUCCUGCAGCUUCCUCACACAAGUCUAGCGAACUACCCAUGGUAUACCUGAACAAGGGCCAGUUCUACCCCAUCACUCUCCAUGGAGUGGACAGCAAUGCCUACCUCACCGCCACAAAAGUCAAGACAGUGGUGAUGGCUGUCUUUGAGAACGACAAGACCCCAGAAAUGCAGCUUCGCUUCUGGAACCACUGGCAUGCACGGCAACCAACCGUCAAGCAGAGGGUGAUUGACAUUGCGGACUACAAGGAAGUGUUCAGUGGCAUCAGCAACAUAGAAGAGGUGGCCUUCAAUGCUCUCUCUUUUGUGUGGAACCCCAACGAGGAGGCAAAGGUAUACAUUGGGAUCAACUCCUUGAGCACAGACUUCUCUUCUCAAAAGGGUGUGAAAGGCCUGCCUCUAAACCUCCAGAUUGACACUUAUGACUUCAGCUCAGGAUCUAACCAACUCAUACACAGAGCUGCCUGCCAGAUCAAGAUCUUCUGUGACAAGGGUGCAGAGAGGAAGAUGCGAGAUGAGGAGAGGAAGAAAUCCAAGAGGAGGGGGAAGAAUAUGAGUGAUGCAAGCACUAAGCCUUUAAUGAACGGCUCCAUUGGCACUGAGCACACUUUCUUCAAGACCCUUGAAGACCACAUCACCCCGCCAGUUCUCUUCAUUCCACAAACACACUUCUCCAGCUUACAGCGCAUAGUAGGGGAUGGUACAGGCAUGAGCAGAGCAGGAAAAAAUGGUGGGAAAGUCACUCCUAAGGACGAAACAGAAAGGAAUUGUAUGAAGAGACUGUAUCCAGACAGAGACCAGAACAACUCUCCCCCCAACAAGCAAGCUCGCAAAGAGGACCCACAAAGAGUUCUGCUGUACGUGAGGACAGGCACAGAAGAAGUGUUUGAUGCUCUCAUGCUCAGCUCACCAACACUGUCGGGCCUACGGGAAGCUAUCUCAGAGAAGUAUUGCAUGCAAAAAGACACCAUUGGGAAAAUCUACAAAAAAUGCAAAAGAGGGAUCUUUGUCAACAUGGAUGAUAACAUCAUUGAACACUACACCAACCAGUCAGCCUUCCUCAUUGAUAUUUCUGAAGAGGCCGCUGGUCAGUUCCAAGUUACUCUUGUUGAAGUAUGAAAACAAAUCUUUUGAAGGAAGCACAAACACAGCUGACAAUCAGAAUGAUCUAAACACACUGCCUCAUCGGAGACAAUGAAGGCUGUGCCUUGCCAAAAGCUAGGAAGGGAACUGGACUGAAUAAGUCGCUUGAAAUAUUCAGAUGUGAUGUUUUUAAAAAAAUGUUUAUUCUGGGAUUCCCUCAAAGACCAGUUCUUAUUUUUUGCCUGAAUUUAAUAUGUUAAUGUAAGAGACAUUAUGCUAACCAGACUGUACAUAUGUAAAUAUAUAUUAUGAUACCUUUUUUAUAAAACAAAUACAUGCAUAUCUUGAUCAGUUUUCCUCAAGUUGCUAUGAAUUUCAAUUUUUCAGACCUUUUUUUAAGCAUCUUUAAAGGCUGCAACUUUUGCUGCUUUCAGUGUACUCAUCAUUUCUUUAAGAAGUCCAUUGGUGCAUUGCAUUUAGACCCAUAACACAGAGAUUCAUGUUUUUCACUUGGUUAAUUUCCUGAAUAAUACUGCCAAAUAUCAGGCACCAUUCAAAAACUGACGUUAAACAUUUCCACACAUAAAACCACAGAAAAUCCGUUUUUCCUUGGUUAUUGUUGAGCCUCUUGCUUCGGACAUUUCCUAACUGUAUGGUAUAACCACAGAGAUUUACUGAAAGCAGUUCAAACUAACACACACCUUUCAUAGCUUUCAUGUAUACGUGUGUGGAAAAGCUUGCAGGAUUUUUUUUCUUUUUACUUAACGCAUCAUUUCAAAUCAAACAUGUAUCCCUGUAUUAUUUCAUUAUCAUAACAUUGCUAUGUCAACCUUAUUCGACAUAUAUUUCCCUUUUUGUAUGAAAAUAAAAUAAAUGUAUCUCAGGUU